AAAACAACAAAAAAAAGAAAACUCCGUGUAUCGAAAUGAUAAAAGCGGAAUGUGACUCUGGUGCGGUGUGGAGUAGUACAUGAAGUUGGCAAAGAGAUUAUUUUGGUGUUGUAAAACAGUGAAUUUUAAAGUUGUGAGGAGAAAAGCCUGGAGCUUUUGGAGGAACACUGAUGGAAUUCGGCGGCAGCGGGAGUUCCGCGCGCCGACGGGGGUAGCGACGCUUCUUCUGGCCGCAGGUGAUAAAACGAAAAUGUAGUUUUUCAUUAUGACUUAUAAUGUAGCGAAGGUGUUAUCGGCGCCGAUAUGUCGAAUGUGAAACCGGGUAAAAGCGUGGAAUGGCUACAAGUGGAGCUGGAGUCCGGAGGCGCUUCGCUGCUCCUGCUGGACUGCCGUCCGCACGAGCUCUACGAGUCCUCCCACAUCGAGAGCGCCGUCAGCCUGGUCAUCCCCGGGCUGAUGCUCCGCAGGUUCAAGAAGGGCAACAUACCCAUCCGGACCAUCCUCCCCAGCCACGAGGAUAAGGAGAAGUUCGUGCGGCGGUGUAAGACGGACACGGUGAUCGUGUACGACGAGUGCACGGCGGAGUGGCAGCAGGACGGCAGCGCUCCGUCCUCGGCUCUGGGACUGCUUCUUCAGAAACUCUGGGAUGAUGGAUGUAAAGCUUUUUAUCUGGAAGGGGGUUUUGUGAAGUUCCACACAGAGUACCCUGAACACUGUGAGACUCUCUUGGACAGCUCCUGUCCCAGCUCGUCUCCCCCACUCUCCAUUCUGGGUUUUGGAAAUCUCCGCAUCAGCUCAGAUUGCUCCGAUGGGGAAUCUGAUCGAGAGCCGACCAGCGCCACGGAGUCCGAUGAGAGUCCUGUUCCCAGUAAUCAGCCUGCUUUCCCUGUCCAGAUCCUGCCCUAUCUUUACCUGGGCUGUGCCAAAGACUCCACUAACCUCGAUGUACUUGGCCAGUACAACAUCAAGUACAUCCUAAACGUCACACCUAAUCUUCCCAACAUGUUUGAACAUGAAGGCCACUUCAGGUAUAAGCAGAUCCCCAUUUCAGACCACUGGAGUCAGAACCUGUCCCAGUUCUUUCCAGAGGCCAUAUCAUUCAUAGAUGAGGCUCGGUCCAAACAGUGCGGCAUCUUGGUCCACUGCCUGGCUGGCAUCAGUCGCUCAGUCACAGUCACCGUGGCCUACCUGAUGCAGAGACUCAACCUGUCUCUUAACGACGCUUAUGACUUUGUCAAGAGGAAGAAGUCAAACAUUUCCCCAAACUUCAACUUCAUGGGCCAGCUGUUGGACUUUGAAAGGACGCUGGGGUUGCAGAGUCCCUGUGACAAUCGUUCCACCAGUGAGGAGAAGUUGUUCUUUACCACCCCAACCAAUCACAAUGUUUUCCAGCUGGACACACUGGAAUCUACAUGAGGGCUGAUAGGACGGACUUCUUAAUACAACAGAGACUGUAUGCAAAGGACAUGCUCCCUUAUGUCCAAUCUGCAGUGCCUUAAUGUCUAACACAAGGACAAACUUUCUUUCAUCUGCACAAGACAUUAUUAAAUGGUCAUGUGCAGCCAUAACAGUAGGACAAUUAACUUUUCUGUUAAGUCCAGGGUUAUGCUUUGUUUUUCUUAUUCACCAGCUAUAAAGUGGAUGUCUAUAGAUUGCUUUUAUCAAUACAGUUAUUGCCUUGAUGUUUGAUAAGAAGUGUUUGGCCAAUGGGAAUGUUUCCUGGGGACUAGACUGCAGUGUUUUGAUUGUACCUGAGCUGAGAGGAAAUAAGCUAGUAGUGAUCCAGCUCUGAAUUAUUGUCCAGUUUGCAGCAGAAGGGAAUAACCACAGAAUAUUUUUCUUUUGCUCAGAACAGCUACAACAGUGUCUUUAAUUCUUUAAGUCUUUAAAUAGUUAAUCUGAUGUCAGGCAGUUGUGGCCACCGGCUUCAAACGUUAAAGUAGAUUCAGAAAACCUCAUAAAUAUUCUCUUGGUUGUUACUGCAUUAUUUGCAUGUGAUUAUGAUUAUUAAAGGACCUUCUUUUGUACUCUGUCGUAUCCCUUCCGGUCUUGAACUCGCCUUAUUUUGAAUACAAUGUCAGAUCAGGUCAAGGCGUAAUUUAUUAGCUCAGAAUCGGUGUAUAAAGGAAUGCAUGUUGGCUGUGCUUGUGUCUGCUGCACUGUGUGGCGCAGUAGCAUUAGGAAACGUGUAAUUGGCUGUUCUCUGUUGUCACUCGGAACAAAUGGGUCGUUUGGAUGUGUGCGGGGGAAUGAAAGGAAAUUAGUUUGGCUAUCGUGUUCAUACCUCACAAAGUUGUUUUCAGGGAUUUUUAUAUACCUCAUCUGUAUCUCAUCACAGCCUUUCUGGAUGCGUCUAAGGGCUGCUUUGCUUGGCAUGCUUGUAAAAAAUGUACAUAAAACCUGGCCGUUAUGGAGACGCCAUUUGUAAUCGAGGAAAAUGUGAAAAGUGGCACUAUUUUGUCCCCAGUGUGUAAUAUAUGUAAAAGUAAAUGUUGAAGACCUUCUGUAAAAGUUUAUACAAGAAAUAUAUUGUAUAUUUUUUACUUGAA